AGAAACGGACACGUCCGUGGUGGAAGUGGUAGCUGGUUACAAUGCUUCAUUACCGUGUACCAUACACUCUCCGCCACACGAUUCCCCUGUUCUCACACUAUGGUACAUUGGUGCUGAUGAAACACCUGUGUACAGUUAUGAUCAGCGACUGGGCGUGAGUGGGGUGUCGUGGGCGGAUCCCCAGGUGUACCAAGGGCGUGCGCACUACAUGGCACACCUCAACCCACCGGCGAUGCACAUCAUGAGCACUUCCGUGGAGGAUGCGCAUGUGUACCGCUGCCGUGUUGACUUUCACAACUCUAAUUCCCGUGUAGCGUGGGUCCGAUUAAAAGUCAUUGUUCCGCCUGAGAGGGUAGAGAUAAUAUCUUAUCUCUCACCUGUGGUCCCGGGAGAUAGAAACGACGUGACGUGCCAAGCAGUAGGAGGUUCUCCAGUAGCUAGCGUGGUGUGGGUGCAGGGAGGCCGUCCAGUGGACCACAACAGCACCGUACAAGAAAACGUAGUCUUUAACAGCCUGGAGGUACCGGCCUCUUGUACUGACCUCUUCCUACCCUUCACCUGCCGAGCGUCCAAUAACGAAGUCACCACUCCUGCCACAGCUACCUACAGUAGAAACGUUACAUGUGGUCCCGUUAGCGUGAGAGUCGAGGCGUCGGAAACACCGCUUGUGGAGGGACGGGAAGCGGAAGUGACAUGCACGGCUACCGGCACGAAUCCACCUGCACGUAUUAUCUGGUACCAGCAAGGUCGUACUGUGAAGAGGAUUUUAUUAAUGUGACAAGACAGGACAAGGAGACAGUGAGUGUGUUGAGCGUAUUACCCACAAGACAUCAUCACGGUCGCCAGCUUCUCUGUCGAGCGGAAAAUCCAAGUCUUCCUCUGGCCACUAUAGAGGAAAUUUUUACCUUGAACGUUGCAUACCGACCGAAGGCCGUGAUACAAGUGGACUGGCCACGUCGCUCAGAAUUAAUGAAGGAAGGCAGUGACCUCUUCCUCGCCUGUCUAGUCGAAGCUAAUCCUCCCCCUUACAAAAUCAAGUUCUUCCAUAAUGGCCAGGAGCUGGUGCAUAACGUGAGUGGAGGUGUCCUGGUGAAUGAAGUCACUCUCGCCCUUCAGAACAUAAGUCGAGAUAACUCCGGUAGCUACUUCUGUGUCGCUUCCAACGUUGAGGGUGACUCUCGGAGCAAUACACUUACCCUUAAGAUCAAGUACUUGCCGGUGUGCGCUAUGACCCCUGGUGUGGUGGGCGUGGCUGUGGGUGAGGUUACUAACAUCACUUGCAACGUCGACGCUGACCCCAACAACGUCACUUUCAUCUGGACAUUUAACAACGUCGCUAAGCGAGCCAGAAGUCAAGUCAUUGAUAGCAAAGAGUAA